AUGGCAGCUUCGAAUAAAAAAAGCUCAACAUCCCAUGAUGUUAGUACAGAUACAGAUGAUUCUGAUUGUGCAAAAAAUUGUUCAGAUUCUAAUAAUAAUAGUGAAAGUUCAUCAUCAUCUAUGCAUCGAGGAAUCAAACGAAUAAAUAAUAAAAUGAAACCAUGUCUUGUACAAAAAACAUCAACAAGUGAUGAAGAACUUCAAUUAAAUGAAAAUAAUCAAAUCAAAUUAUCUUCAACACAUACAGGACGUUCAAAUGAACAACCAACACAUGGAAUUCUUAAAGUUCCUAGUGGUUCAACAAGUCCUGAAUUACAAGUACCAAAUCAUCCAAUAAAACCAUUAAAAAUAAAAAAUAAAUCAAAAUCUUCAUCACCAAUAUCAACAAAUGAUCGUACAUCAGGUAUAAUUGGUGCUCCAAUACAUCAAUAUCAUCGUAAUCGUCAUAGAACUAUUGAUGAUAAUCGAUCAAGUCCAAGUAAAAUUCAAACAAAUAAAAAAACUCAAGAUCAAACAAUUGUAUCAACAACAAUAACAAAUAAUUCUGAUCGUAUUACACUUGUUGUUGAUGAAACAAGAUUUGUUAUUGAUCCACAAUUAUUUCGUGCACAUCCUAAUACAAUGCUUGGAAGGAUGUUUAGUAUAUCAUGGGAAACAUCACUCGUACCUAAUGAACGAGGAGAAUAUGAAAUUGCUAAUGGAAUAUCAGCAACUAUAUUUCGAAGUUUAUUGGAUUUUUAUAGUAUUGGUACAAUACGUUGUCCACCUUCGGUUAGUAUACAAGAUUUACGUGAAGCAUGUGAUUAUUUUCUUAUACCAUUUGAUCAACUAACUAUUCAAUGUCAAGAUUUAUGUGGAUUAUUACAUGAAUUAUCUAAUGAUGGUGCAAAAAAACAAUUUGAAAUGUUUCUUGAAAAUGAUAUUUUCCCUGUGCUUGUUGAAUCUGCUCAACGUGGUGAUCGCGAAUGUCAAAUAGUGAUUUUAUGUGAUGAUGAUCUCAUCGAAUGGGAUGAUGAUUAUCCACCACAACUUUGUCAAGAAGAAGACAAAGCUCAAAUUAUACGUUCAACUGCAAUGUAUCGAUUUUUUAAAUAUAUUGAAAAUCGUGAAGUAGCUAAAUUGGUGCUAAAAGAUCGUGGUUUAAAAAAAAUUCGCAUGGGAAUUGAAGGUUAUCCAACACAUAAAGAAAAAGUUCGCUGUCGUCCUCGUGCUCGACCAGAAGCUAUUUAUAGUUAUAUUCAAAGACCGUUUCUUCGUAUGUCUUGGGAAAAAGAAGAAGCUAAAUCACGUCAUGUUGAUUUUCAAUGUGUACGAAGUCGUUCAGUGAAUAGUCUCAUUGAUGCAAAUGAUGAUCAAAAUUCUGGUAAUGCUUUACUUUUUCCAUUUCUAGAAAUUGCUCAAAAUCAAAUAAUUCCACCACCACCAUCACCUAGAGAGCUAUUUCCUGCAUUAGCACCAUUUUCUUUAUCAGGACUUCCGGGCGAUACAUCAUUGACUGAUUAA